CUUUCUUCAGUCAUCAUGGCAAACCUGUGACCUGUGAUAGGAGUCAAACUGUACGAUGGACUCGGAGGACCUCCCUGCAAGCGAUGCUCCACUCACUGUCAAUGAGCAGGUGUCACUUUGAGCUAUGAUAAAUUCCAAAACACACACUCUGUGCAACACUCAUCUUUUUGUGACCACUUUUGCAAAGAUUUACCAUGUUGCCAUUAUAAUUUACAUGCUUGUAAACACAUAAUAAAAUUCCAUUGGAUAUCUCACAAAACUCCCUGAGGUUUGCAUCAUGCUUCUACAUGUCUGUGUAUUUUCACUUUGGUGCUGUCCUAUGCAUUUAUCAUAAAACAAGCUCAAGCAAUCUUCUCUUGAUGGGGCAUUGCAGAAAGCAUUGCUUAAGCUGGAUUUGGGCAGAUGCUCUUAUUUUUGGUUCCCUAUACUCAUGUCCUUUCCUUUUGUGUCCUCGUUUCAUGGUUCAUUGUGCCCUAACAUGUGCUUGGCCUUUCUGUUCUCCUUAGCCAUUCACUGUCUGACUGCAGAAGUGUUUUUUCAGCUGUUAGAUUCCUGCAAUUUGACUUUACCUGCUCGAGACAACCAGGUUAUUGUCAUGUCUGGUCAUGAGACCAUUCGAGUGCUGGAAGUGGAAGUGGAUGCUGCUCUGCCCUCCUCAGGGGCUGAUGUCAAAGUGGAGCCAGGACGAGAGGACAGGGGAGGUCUAACUUUAGAGCCAGCUGAUGGUGGCAUUCAGGAUGGUCCAGGAGCAUCCAGUACCACAGCCACUGUUUCUACUGAGACUACAGCCCCUGCAGUUCAGACUGUUGCAGCCCCUAUAAGUGUUUCUCUGCCCCAGCCACAGACUACCAUGCCUAUCACUGUCCAGGCUUGUCCACAGGUUCUGACCCAGGAUGGCCUGACUACUCUGAUGACUGGCAUGAUGGCUCAGCAGGGCUCUCUUGGCCAGCCUCUGCUGAUCCCUAUCAGUAUGGCUAGCUCAGUAGGCGGUCAGGGCGGACUGGCUGUACUCACCUUCCCUACGGCUACUGUGGCCACUCUGCCUGGCCUUGCUGCAACUGGCCCAGCUGGAGGACUUAUUAAACUGCCUUUUGCUGGCCUGCAAGCUGCCGCUGUUCUGAACUCGGUCCAACCUCAGCUUCAGGGACCCGCGCAGACGGUCCUGCAGACCCACCUGCAGUCAGUACAAGCAGCUGUGCAGCAGACUCCGACUCAGGCCAGCCCAGCCAGCACUGCGCAGGUGGCUGCUGCUACUGCGGCUCCAGCUGUGCACAAGGUCUCUGAGCCCAGUGCCUCUGUCGCAACAAUCCAGACAGCUGGCCUCACCAUCAACCCUGCCAUUAUCAGUGCUGCUUCUCUGGGUGCCCAACCACAGUUCAUCAACUCUCUGACUGCAACUCCCAUCAUUACUAGCGCCAUGUCCAAUGUGGCAGGCCUCACCAGCCAGAUCAUCACCAAUGCACAGGGUCAGGUGAUAGGCACUCUACCUUUGCUGGUAAACCCUGCAUCACUGGCUGGAGCAACUGCAGCACCUGCAUUACCUGGUCAGGGUCUGCAAGUGCAGACUGUGUCCCCUCAGCUGUUGUUGAACUCCCAGGGCCAGAUCAUAGCCACCAUUGGAAACACACCGGCUGCUGCCGCUGCCACCACCACUCCCAGCAGCUCCACUGUCCUGCCUAAAGUCACAGGCCCUCUGUCACUCAAGACCACAACACAGGGUCCCAUUGUAACAGUUGCCCAGUCUCCAGUGGUGAUUGCCCCGCAGCCCUCUGCAGGAAAAUUGGCCUCCUCUAUCUCAUCAGCUCUUCCUAUUGCUUGUGCAGAAAUGCCCACUGUUGGCCAGCUUGUCAGCAAGCCACAGUCCAGUGUGACCGAAGAAGAGGGCAUUAACCUGGAAGAGAUACGAGAGUUUGCCAAGAACUUUAAGAUCCGACGGCUCUCCUUGGGUCUGACCCAAACACAAGUGGGUCAGGCUCUCACAGCUACUGAAGGACCAGCUUACAGCCAGUCUGCUAUCUGCAGAUUUGAAAAGCUUGACAUCACACCCAAGAGUGCCCAGAAGCUGAAGCCUGUUUUGGAGCGUUGGCUGGCUGAAGCGGAGCUGUGGAACCAGAAGGGUCAGCAGAACCUAAUGGAGUUUGUGGGUGGGGAGCCAUCCAAGAAGCGCAAACGCCGCACCAGCUUCACACCACAGGCCAUCGAGGUCCUGAACACCUACUUUGAGAAAAAUGCCCUUCCAACUGGCCAGGAGAUCACAGAAAUUGCCAAGGAGCUUAAUUAUGAUAGGGAGGUGGUGCGAGUUUGGUUCUGCAACCGCAGGCAGACACUGAAGAACACCAGUAAGAUCAAUGUAUUCCAGGUGCAGUAAGGACAUCAGACUGUAAGGUGUGCAAUACAAGACUGGAAGGAAAGUGAGAUGAAAUUAUGGACUUGAAUUGUUCUUUUGUACUGUAACUUUUUUAAAAAAAGAUUGGUGCUUUUGGUAAGUGUCUUAAGUGGUGUUCACAUUUGAUGGACUUGGCAAUGGCAUUGCAUGAAUGGUCUGUGGUCGAAGUAGUAUGAAACAUACUCAUUUUUCUGUAAUAUUUUUUUCUUACUCUGCAUGUGGUACUGUCAUUACAAGCACUGAGGAAACAUCACUGAGGAAUCAUUUUGACUGUAAAUUUUAAAUCUUCAUUAUUCAUAGACUUUAUGUGGUUGCCCUUUUAAAUACCCUGACAUUACGAUUGAUAAUUUUGUAAAGCUGUUAUAAAACGCCAUAUAAGCCCACUAGUUAGGAUUAAAUUCUGGACCUUGUCCGGAUGUAAUAGUGUAGUAGCAAAAUCUCGUAUGAAACAUUUAUUCUUUACUAUUUGAGUAUUCUUCACAUAUUCAUUUACUUACGUGCAUUUACGUGCAAUAUAAUUUGCAGCUAAAUACUGAGA